AUGGAAUUAAUGAGUUCUAGCUUACUUCCCCCUAUUGUAUUUAAAUUUGACAUCUAAUCUUCAAUUCAAUCUUAGACAAUCAACAAACCCUAUUUCUCCUAGAAUAGACGCUAUGCUAGUCUGGAACCGAUGGAAAGAGCAAAAAGACUGGGAGGACCUCCACCUGUUGAACUUUUAUAUAAUGGAAAUUAUGUUCCUCCCGAUGGUGUUAGCAGAGUAGACCUGAGGUAGUCAGAGCCUGUGUUUAACUAGUAUUUGUCUUAUGAUAUGCAAGAAGAGGCAAAAAAAGCUAAAAUGAAAAAGUUUAAUAAGAAACUAAAAAAAAUCAAAAGAGACCUUGUGGUUUUUCAAAAAUAAAGUCCAGAGCCAGAUCACUAGACUUCUCAGGACUUUGAAUCUGAUUUUGUUCGUAAAAUGAAUAUGCAUAGAAGUAUUAGUCAGUUGUAAAAUGAAAAUGCACUUUUAAGAGAUCAACUCAGAUCAUCGAUGCAUAGAGAUCCUCCUGAAGCAGCUGACAAAGAUUAGAAUAAAUGGAAAAAAUACUAUAAAGAUAGGUAUUAGGCAAAUACAGUCAAGUAAAAGAUGCAUGGUCUGCACUAGAUGAUUGAGAAUAAAGAUAUAUAACUAAAUAAUAGAAUCGCCUAUGAAAACGUACAUAAACUAUCUCCUUUAGCGCCUUUUACUCUCCCUUCAAAUCCCUACAAUCCUCUGAACCCUAUUUAUGGCAUGAGUCCACUCGGAGGAUCAUUUAAUGGUGCUAUUUCUUACAAUACCUUGGGGUACAAUAACAACCCAUAUUAUAUGCAAAGAAACCCAACGUAUGAUUAUCUUCAAGUGCAGAAUAAACUCCUUUUAGAUAGUUUUGAUGAUUUUUAUGAUGAAAUGGCGGUGCCAGAAAAAAUAACAGAUAGUGUUCCUAAUAAAACAUAUAAAAGUUUAUUUGCAAACAAACGUUGA